AUUCAAAAGUUGUUCGUCGUGCACGGCGUAUACAAAGUCAAUACGAUUAAUUAAGUAAAACGAAAUGAUAACUAAAAUAAGUAAUUUAUCUAAACCAAUUUGUUAGCUUGUUGGUAUAAGUGACUGUGAUUUCUUUGUGUUAUGUUCAAAUUAUUAUUCUAAUGCAGCAACAGACUAUACUCAUAUAACACUGAAUUUUAAGGGAAUUUUACUAUACUUUGGAUGAAAAUGAACAUUUUAAAUUACGAAUUUAUCGGACUACGGAGGCACAUCAUUAAGCAAUCUAGUAACAUCAUUAGAACAUUAGAGACUUUGACAACCGAAGUGGAAGGACAAGAUUGGUCUCAAUGUCGUCCUUACUCUGAAAUUCCUGGACCAAGACCUAUUCCAUUCUUUGGCAACACAUGGCGAUUUAUACCUUUCAUAGGUGACUACAAAAUUCAUGAAGUGGAUCAAGUAUCGAAAAAAUUGCACAAUGAGUAUGGAGAUAUUGUGAAAAUCGAGGGUUUACUAGGCAGACCGGAUAUGGUUUUCAUUUACGACGCAAAUGAAAUCGAGCGUAUCUUUAGGCAAGAAGAAAGAAUGCCAUACAGGCCUUCUAUGCCUUCAUUAAAUUAUUACAAGCAUGUCCUUAGAAAAGAAUUCUUCAAUGAACACGCUGGCGUAAUAGCCGUACAUGGUGAAAGUUGGUACAAUUUCCGGAGUAAAGUACAAAAAGUAAUGCUGCAACCACAAACUGCAAGAAUGUAUGUUAACUCUAUCGAGGAGGCGAGUACUGCGUUCCUUAAAAGAAUUAGAAAAAUACGAGACAAGAACGACGAGGUGCCUGAUGAUUUUCUCAACGAGAUCCAUAAAUGGUCCCUCGAGUCCAUAGCAAGUGUAGCCUUGGACGUUCGCCUGGGCUGCUUAGAUGACGAUGCUAAUAUCGAAACGCAGCAAUUAAUAGAUGCUGUUACUACAUUUUUUAAGAAUGUAGGAGUAUUGGAACUGAAGAUACCUUUCUGGAAAUUAUUCAGUACACCCACGUGGUUAAAAUAUGUGAAUGAUUUGGAUACUAUUGUUAGAAUAAUGUCAAAGUACACAGCGGCCGCUCUUUCGAGAAUACAAGAAGGAAAAAAUUCUGGCAAAGAAGCAUCUCUGUUGGAAAAAGUUUUAGCUUCAGAAAAUAAUACCAAAUUAGCCACUGUACUUUCUCUUGAUUUAUUUCUAGUUGGGAUCGAUACUACAUCUAGUGCGGUAGCAUCAACUCUGUAUCAAUUAGCUUUACAUCCGGAAAAGCAAGAUCUUGCCUAUAAAGAAGUAUGUAACAUUUUUCCAAGUAAAGAUACACAGAUCGAAGGAAAGCACUUGGAACAACUGAAAUACUUGAAGGCCUGCAUCAAAGAAACUCUGAGAAUGUAUCCAGUUGUUAUCGGUAAUGGCCGAUGCAUGACCAAAGAUACCGUAAUUAGAGGAUACCGUGUACCUAAAGGAGUGCAAGUGGUCUUCCAGCAUUACGUAAUAAGCAAUCUUGAUAAGUAUUUUCCUCGAAGCAAGGAAUACUUGCCAGAAAGAUGGUUGCAAAGCGAUGGGGUACGUCAUAGUUUCGCGUCUCUUCCUUUUGGCUAUGGAAGAAGAAUGUGUCUCGGUCGACGUUUCGCUGAACUCGAAAUGCUCGUCGUUAUUAGCAAGAUUUUGCAAUACUAUAAGAUAGAAUAUCAUCACGAAAAAUUGGAAUAUUACAUCAAUCCUAUGUACACGCCAAAAGGACCUCUAAACUUGAAAUUCAUCGACAGAUAAUA